AUGGCCGAUUCCACUACUUCCAAACUUAACUUGAGUACAGAGUCCAUUCAGGUUGCAGGUAAAGAUGCUCGGGAAGUCCAGACCACCAACCAGGCAGCAACUGAAGAUGGUUGCCUGACCAAGAUCACAUUCAUGGAUCCUAAAUUGUAUGUGCCUGCAGCAGAUGGUCACAUCCAUGUACUUAAGCAAUAUGAUGAAAUUCAUGUCCAACUAACCCCAAAAAAGAACACUGUUCUUCAUGUUGCAGCCCAAUUCGAUCAAGUGGACUGCGUUAAGUGGAUCCUUCAGUUGCCUUCUCCUUCACCACUAUUGCAACAGCCCAAUGAGAAGGGUGACACUCCACUUCACCUUGCAGCCAGAGAAGGGCAUUUGACGGUGGUGAAAAAUCUAAUCAACGCUGCCAAACAACUUCAAGAAGGAGACUCGGAGAGAGGGGGUACAAUAGUUUGUAAGGUGUUGCUGAGGAUGACAAAUGAGGACCAAGACACAGCCUUGCACGAGGCAGUGAGAUAUCAUCACCCUGAAGUGGUGAAGUUAUUGAUUCAGGAAGACCCCGACUUCACCUAUGGUGCUAAUACUGAAGGCAACACUCCUCUUUACAUCGCUGCUUAUUGGGGAUUCGGAGACUUGGUGCAGAUGAUCCUAGACAAUUCCUCUUCAGUAGCUCAUAGUGGCAUCAAGGGUCAAACGGCUUUGCAUGCUGCGGUAAUUCUCAAUGACCAAGGUACUUAG